UGUAGGACGUUUAACCAGCAAACCGCACCCAUCUGUUGAGUUUAACCAGUACGACCAGUGAUGCAUGGUUUAACAACCAGUCUGUUUGAUUUAGGGUUCAUUGCUGUGCUUUGAGCGAGAACACAAACAUGGAAACCGUGAAAGAGUUUCUGCGGGGAGUGGAGGUUGACAGCCGGGCUGCAGCGCUGCUGACGGGCGCUGCUGCUGCGUGCGGACUGGGAGCACUGGUGGUACUGGCGCAGAAGGUCUGCAGGCACCAGGAGGCGAAAGAAAAGAUGCAAAAAGCCAGAAACCGCAGAGCCGACAGCCUGCAGAGGGCUGAGCAGGCCGUGCUCCAGUACAGGAAGUCGCAUCCAGGCACCAACUCCACUGUCAUCCUGGAGAUGUCUCUGUCUGAGUUGACAAAGAACCUGCAGGAAGGCUCGCUGAACCCUGAGGACGUGUUUUACUCUUACAUGGAAAAGACUCUGGAGGUAAACAAAGAUCUGAACUGCUGUACAGGGAUCUUGUUGGAGAGCUUUGACCAGCUGAAAACUGUUGAUUCCAACAAGGAAGGUCUCUUGUAUGGAGUUCCAGUUAGCAUCAAAGAAAACUACGCAUACAAGAAUCAUGACUCUUCUUGCGGCAUCAUCCUAAAUCUGGACCAGCCUGUCCAGGAGGACAGCGUGAUAGUGGAAGUUCUGAAGAGACAAGGAGCUAUUCCCUUUGUGAAAACCAACUUGCCCCAAGCUCUGUUAAAUUACGACUGUGGUAACCCCAUCUAUGGGCAGACCGUGAACCCCCAUAACCUCCAGAAGACCCCCGGAGGUUCAUCCGGUGGGGAGGGGGCUCUCAUCGGGGGAGGAGGCUCCGUGCUUGGUUUUGGCAGUGAUAUUGCGGGAAGCAUCCGUAUUCCUGCCUCGUUUUGUGGGAUCUGUGGCUUAAAGCCAACAUCAGGUCGGCUAAGUGCACAGGGUUUGAGAUCCAUUUACCGAGGGCAGAAAUCAGUGCUGUCAUCUCCUGGACCCAUGGCGAGAGAUGUGGACAGUCUGGCUCUGGGUAUGCAGGCUCUGCUCUGUGACCACAUGUUUUCUCUGGACCCCACUGUUCCACCACUUCCUUUUAAUAUGCAGGUUUACCAGAGCUCCAAACCUCUCAGGAUCGGUUACAUGGAAAGCGACGGCUACUCACAACCGUCCCCAAGCAUGGCCCGAGGCAUCAGAGAGGUCAAAGCUCUGUUAGAGCAAGCAGGGCACACUUUGGUGCCCUACAGUCCUCUGAAGAUCAGUUACGUCAUCGAUGAACUUUUUCUAAAGGGUGUCAUGGCAGACGGAUCUACCAGCCUGAUUGAAAAACUGGAGGGGAGCCCUCUGGACCCUUGUCUUGGACCACAGGUUGCACCUUGCUAUCUUCCCAAGUGGUUGAAGAAAACCCUCUCCUUCCUCCUCAAGCCUCUGUCUCCUCGGGGCUCUGCAAUGUUAAGUUCGAUUUGUGGAGUCAGCUCUGUUCAAAAUCUGUGGAAGCAGCAUGCUGCUGUCGAGGACUACAUUCGGGAAACAAUAGCAGAGUGGAGAAGAUGCAACAUAGACGUGCUGCUCUGCCCUGUGAUCGGACCAGCCUACAACUUAUUCUACUGCGGCAGGCUUACCUCUGUUAUCCCUUACACUGGACUCUACAAUCUCCUCAACUUUCCUGCCGGCGUGGUUACUGUUUCCACGGUGACGGCAGAGGAUGAGGAGGAACUCAGGCACUUUAAGGGCAUUCAAAAGGACUACUGGGACAAGCUGUUCAAACAGGCUGUCACCGGAGGCGAGGGUCUGCCCGUGGCGGUGCAGUGUGUCGCCCUGCCGUGGCAGGAUGAGCUCUGCCUGCGCUUCAUGAAGGAGGUGGAACAACUGGUCAAACAGAGCAGGGAGUAAAAGCCUGGAGGCCACAGGUGGAGCUGCUAACUUCAGGGGCUUAAGGAUGAAUAAGCUUUGAAUAUGAAAACACAAACAACUAGCCAGUCUCGAGAAAAAUAAUAAUAAUACAAUACUCAAAUCUUUUAUUUUUCAUUUUAUAUAGGCCAUAACAAAGUGUGAAACGUUUAAAGGUAAUAUUCAUGUUCACUGAUGAGGUUCACUCUUUCUUUGUUUUAUAAUUUCAUUGACAAAGAACAAUUAACAUGUUGUUUCAUUUGUAUGGUACAUAUUACAUGAACUUGAAUCAUGUUGUUUUGAAAUGAAGAGUCUAACUGCCAUGAUAAGCUUACUUACUUACUUACUUACUUACUUACUUACUUACUUUAUGCUUUAAAGAAAUUGAAUUCACAUCACCAUUAGGCAAAGAGGCACAGCAAGCACGUGUGGAAAAUAAUGUUUAAAAUUAUGAUUUAUAAUGAAUACAGAAAGUAAUGGUGUCUCCUAAAUCAUGAUUGUCUAUUUACAAGCACUGACAUCUUUCUGUGACAUGAUGAAAUAAAGUUACUGAUGUUUACC